CUACCGCAGAGAGCGCGCGGGAGCCAGCGGCCCGAGCCGGCGGCGGGCGGGAGGAGAGCCGCAGCGGCCCGCGCGGCCGCGAAGUGGGCAGAGGGGCCCUCGGCCCGGAGACCCCGCCGCCCCCGCCCUCCGUCCUGCGCACGAGCUCCGGCCGACCUGCGCCCGGAGCGCCCCCGGCCAUCCUUUCUGCCACCAUGAGGAACAUCUUCAAGAGGAACCAGGAGCCCAUUGUGGCUCCUGCGGCCACCACCGCCACGAUGGCAGCUGGGCUUGCAGACAACUCCACCGAGAGUGGGGGUGCUGGUCAGAGCGGCAGGGACAUGUUCACCAGUAUGAAGGACAAGUUCUUCAAUGAGCUCAACAGUCUCCCCCUACCCUCCUGGGCGCUGAUCGCCAUUGCUGUGGUCGCCGGCCUCCUGCUCCUCACCUGCUGCCUCUGCAUCUGCAAGAAGUGCUUCUGCAAGAAGAAGAAGAACAAGAAGGAGAAAGGCAAAGGCAUGAAGAACACCAUGAACAUGAAAGACAUGAAAGGCGGCCAGGAUGACGACGAUGCAGAGACAGGCCUGACAGAGGGAGAAGGUGAAGGAGAGGAGGAGAAAGAGCCGGAGAACCUGGGCAAACUGCAGUUUUCCCUAGACUAUGAUUUCCAGGCCAACCAGCUGACGGUCGGUGUUCUUCAGGCAGCUGAACUGCCGGCCCUGGACAUGGGAGGCACCUCGGACCCUUAUGUCAAAGUCUUCCUUCUUCCAGACAAGAAGAAGAAAUAUGAGACCAAAGUCCACCGGAAGACACUGAACCCUGCCUUCAAUGAGACCUUCACCUUCAAGGUGCCGUACCAGGAGCUGGGGGGCAAAACCCUGGUAAUGGCCAUCUACGACUUCGACCGCUUCUCCAAGCACGACAUCAUCGGGGAGGUGAAGGUGCCCAUGAACACCGUGGACCUUGGCCAGCCCCUCGAGGAGUGGAGAGACCUGCAAGGCGGGGAAAAGGAGGAGCCAGAGAAGCUGGGCGACAUCUGCACCUCCCUGCGCUAUGUGCCCACGGCCGGGAAGCUCACCGUUUGCAUCCUGGAGGCCAAGAACCUAAAGAAGAUGGACGUGGGUGGCCUUUCAGACCCCUACGUGAAGAUCCACCUGAUGCAGAACGGCAAGCGCCUCAAGAAGAAGAAAACCACGGUGAAGAAGAAGACCCUCAACCCGUACUUCAACGAGUCCUUCAGCUUCGAGAUCCCCUUCGAGCAGAUUCAGAAAGUCCAGGUGGUGGUCACCGUGCUGGACUAUGACAAGCUGGGCAAGAAUGAAGCCAUCGGCAAGAUCUUUGUGGGCAGCAACGCCACGGGCACAGAGCUGCGGCACUGGUCUGACAUGCUGGCCAACCCCCGGAGGCCCAUCGCCCAGUGGCACUCGCUCAAGCCCGAGGAGGAGGUGGACGCACUUCUGGGCAAGAACAAGUAGGCAGGGCGGCCAGGCUGCCCACCCCGGACACUGGCAAGAUCCAGAGCUAUCAAUACCUCAGUUAUGCAACCUUUUCUUUCUCAUUGGUUUGUGGUUGUGUCCUCGUUUUUCCGUCCUUUUUCUCUUUUUAAAGACCAGCCUCCCUCGAAUGGCUGUGUGAGGAGAGUCCCCUCAGAGGCGAGAGAAGCCUGGCUCUUGUCAGUGUCCCAUGAGCUGUCCCCGCUGCAUGCCCUGUCACCUGCCCUUCACGCAUUCAGAGCUUCACGUACACCUCACCCUUAGAAAGUCGCAGCAUUUCCUGUUUGUUGCGUGUUCUGGACCAGCAGUAUGACAAGCCAGCCCUGCUUCCCGACGGGAAGGCCACACAGCGACCCAUGGGUGCACGCGUGUGCGUGUGCAUGUGCGAGCAUCUGUCUGCAUUCCUGGAAUGGGCCACAGACAGGGGAGCUGUGCGGGGAGAGAAGGCACCCCUAGCACCCCGAAAUGCAGACCUCCCGGCAGCCUGCGGAGAGGGCUUGGCAUCCCCGGCACACGCCAGCAGCUCCCAGACUCUUGUGUGUGACUAUUUGGGAGGCAAGAGGUGGAGGCUGGGUUUGUCCAGAACUAGGACCAAACGCCCCGGUGCUGUCACCGACGUCCGCCCGCCGGCGUGGUCUCCGGGACACCGUGGGCCUGAGCUCCGGGCCGGAUCGGUCAGGCGCCGUCGGCCACGGGCCCUCACUCUGUUUGCAGUUACUAUCAAACUGCGGAGAAGCAGAAGACGCUGAACCCAGGAGGGUGGGAACGGAGCUCGGGGUCUGGGCCCCUCCCGGAGGGACAUGCAGACGCUGCCCACUGCCCCAUGUGGCGGCGCUGUGCGGGUGCGGCUGUUCUCCGUCGAGCUUCGCUGUGUCCCCUCCCGGGCCGAGUGGGGCAGAGCUGACUGAAGACGCGCUAUCUGUACAGAGCCAGAGAACUUGAAAGGAAGGUUUAAAUGUUCCUAGUUCCCCUGAGGUCCAGGCGAAAGGGGGACGGUGGGCAGAGACCUGUCAGACGAGACGAGACCUGUCAGCCCCUCAGCCCCCACUCCUCUGCCCACCACGCCAGAGGCACGUGAGGAGCUGGUGCGGCCCAGGGCGGCUGGGAGGUCCCGGCCUCCAUCCCUUAGGGAGGCUUUUCUCCGUGAUGCCAAGGAGUGGGGCAUCCAUUUCAAAUGGGCGGUAGAUGACGCCUGCUGGGGCUCCUACCCCACACUGUCUCGUCCCCUUACCUGUUCUUUUGUCCCCAGCAUUGAUAAAAAGCCAUAUAUAUGUCAGUCAAGUUUGCACUGAGUCCCCUUCCAAACCUUUAGCCUGGGCAUGAGCGCCAGCCCCCACGUGACCAGAGGCCAGGACCACCUCCUUCAGCCUCUGCCUCCUAUCCUCGCCUCCCUGCCUUCAGCCUCUCCUUCCACCCGUGAAGCCCUCAGGCCCUUGCCAUCUCUAGCGUGGGGAUCCCUCUCUUUCCCCCCAGAAUGUCAGCACUUUCUGUCCUGCCCCAGCUGGGCCACCUCAGCUUCCUGUAGGCACCAGAGGCAGACGGAACUAUGGGACAGAGUCAGGCUCAGAGGAGCCGGCAGGGAGACGCAGUGUCUCUUAUUUUACUGGAAGAAAGGAGAAGGGUUUUUUUUUGCUUUGCUGGGUGUUUCGGUUGGAGUAGGGGGUGAGGGAACAGCUCCGCCACAGCCUGGGAGGCAGGGCUUAGAGGCCCUUCUCCUUCUUGCUGGGGCCCUUGGUACAUGGGCGGUUAGUUCCUCCUGGGGCCCAUGUGAGCGUGUAAGUGUGUGAGUGUGUGAGUGUGUGAGCGUGUGAGCGUGUGAGCGUGUGAGUGUGUGAGCGUGUGCGCGCUAACGAUGAGCAGGAAGGGCUGACGAGCACUGUGAGCUCCGGCCUUUGGACCAGAGAUGUGGUCACGGCAGGGCUGCAGACGAUCGGGUGCCUUCGGAGUCUGCGUGCCUGCAGCUCGGAUAUCCCGGCCCGAGCAUUCCCCGUCCCCAGCUGUGGGGUUUCGGUGCUUCCUCAGGGUGUCUCUCCCUGCGCCCAUUCUCCCCACCCUACCCCACACGAUUCCUAGAGCCUUCCUGUCGGCCUCGUCCCCUCUACCUAGAUGCUUUUGCCCUUUCCUGGUUCACCUUUACCACCUGGGAUUCUUCUCUGCCAUGAACUUCAGCCAGUCCUUCCAGAGCUCAGGAUUUGCCGUUCUCCCGACAGAAAGGAAAGGACUAGGUGGGCACCUCUGAUGGUCUGGGGUCAGCGUGCCUGGAGGCAGCGUCUGGGCCUGUUUCUCUGGGCCCGUGGCUAGUGAGCAGCCUUGCAGGAUGGGCGCAGGUUGCUGAGUGUUGGAAGCAGCACAGAGCCAGGGAGGGACCCGAGUGCGGGAGCCACUUCUGCCCCAGGUACUGGCUGGUCCCUGGAUAGGCGCUUGGCCCAGAUGAGCCAUCCUAGCAGAAGGCAUUGUUCUGGGUCCGCAAACUCGGCAGGGAACAUACUUAAUGCCUGUAAAUAUUCUACACCUGAGGAUUGAUGGUACCCAAACCACAGAGUGUCAUUCUGGACCCUCACUGCCGUGCAGGUUUAUGCCUGGGGAUGUUAGGGUGCUGGGCGUAGGCCCUAAGUAGGAUAGAAUUAGGGUCUGGCUAGUGAGGGGUUUGGGAGGCUUUGGGGGCUGUGAGUUCUCAGUCCCAAAGUCUAUUCCAGAGAGAGAACAGUAUGGAGGAGAUGUUUUCUACAAAGGGAUUGAGACCAUGAAACCCAAACCCACUCCCAUCCAAAGAAUGGGGAUGAGGCCAGACGCUGUUUUCUCCUUUCUGCUUGAAUAAUCAUUCCAGAAGGGGAACUAGUAUUGCCAGAGCUGUAGGCAGGUAUUUGGACUUGGGCAGCGGAAGCUGAGGCCCUGAGGGAAAGAAUGUGGGCAGCCCCAGGGUGUGAGCAGGUGCUUGGGGUGAAAGAGAAGUGGCUUUCCAGGGGCCCUCGGCGGGACGAGCGGAUGGCAGGGAUCAGAACCCAGUCUCAGAUCCUGAUCGUUCUUCCCAGGAAACCACACACGGCUGCGUUUCUGCAGAUUCAGUUUGGGAGGAUUUGCUGGCCCAGGGCUUCCGUGAGAGGAGAGGGGGCUGCUGCGGUCCUGUGGCUAAAACCAGCCCCCCGUAAACCUGCCUCUGUGCAGCGGGGUGUGGUGGGUGAGCAGAGAGGUUGGGAGGCCGCCCCGGGGCCAGGGAGGGAGUCCAUGUCCCUCUAGGGUCCUAGGUCCAUUCUUGGUCUCCCCCGACUCUUGCACUCAGGCUCCCCCGGUGUCCCUCCCCCCAAGGCAGGAAGAGACUGAGCCAGGAGCUGCCCCCCACCCUCCACUCUGCCCCUCCUCCCCUCCUGUUGGCACCGCAGGCUGGCGGGGGCCCUUCCUCAGAGCCCUGGGUGGUGGCAGACAGGCAGAGUCCCCAGGCCUGAUCUCGGGGGCCCAGAGCCCCAUCACAUGGCUGCCAGAUUUGGCAAAUAAUACAAGACACCCAGGUAGAUUUGAAUUUCUAGUAAGCAACAAAUAAUUUCAAAUAAGUGUGUCCUAGGCAAUAUUUGGGACAUGCCAUCCUAAAAGUGAUUUGCUGUUUAUCUGAAAUUCAAACUGGCCUGGCCGUCUGCAUUCUGUCUGGUGACUCUAUCCUAUGACCACUUCUUCCUCCCCACUCGGUCCCAGGGGGCCAAGGACUGGUCACCAGGGAUUUUACUUACCCUGUUUUUCGAGCUGCAAUAUUGGGAAGGGGACACUGUGACUUGAAGAAACAUGAAUAUACUUUAUUUUUUAAGCUACAAAAUAAGAACCUUCUGAAGCCAUUUGAGCCUCAUCCAACUCCUCCAUGUGCGUUUGUUUAGUUAUAUAUAAAAGGUAGUUAUCUGUACAUAUAUGAACUGAAUCUUGUUUAAUCAAGAUGCAUGUCUCUAACUUUCUGUAAAUAGCUGCAUGGCAAUGCUGAGAGUCCCCUGACCGCCCCCCAACCCCAAGCCCAUUUUACACGACUUGUUGAGGCUGCUCCUUCAGAUUUAUGUGUGUAAAUCUUUACCCCCAGCCCCACCCGACCUGCCCCAUCGGGAAUCCCCCCCAUUGGCUGAAGGAGUCAGUUUCCCGCUCUGGUGCCAGACCUGCCUUGGGGGACACUGGAGGACCACUGGUGCCCCAAAGGCCCCUCCCUGCUGCCCGCCGCACAUCUGCCUGCAGAGCCGACCUGUGGUGCACCGUGCGCUAACUUGGUGUCCCGGUAGCUUCUGUGUCCUGUGUAUGUGUGUGGUGUGUCCUCGUCCUCCUGCUGUUUGAAUUAACUGAAAAGCCAUAAAGGGGGCCUCCUGCUGGGGACUGCCCAUGGUUCCUCCCAGGAGCCCCCGCGUCCCCCUGACCGGCUCCCCACAGAACACCUGUGAAGGGCUCCCCUGCCGUCGCACCUCCUGCUCUCCCAGCCCUGCGCCAUGAGGCUGGGUGGCGUGCAGGGCUUCUGGUGGGGCCUCGGGAGACGGCCCCAGGGGCGCUGCCCGAGCUGGCUUCCUCCCCCUGGGGUGACAGUCCAGCCCCAUCUCCCCCCGCAUGGACAGGGCAUUGGUGGGGGCUUCAGAGUUGUGGGAACGUUUCCUGGACACCCUGUGGAGGCACCCAGGAUUUCCAGGAGCAGCCAGCUAACAGCCCAGUCUGGGGGCAGGCUCCCACCCCACCUGGGGUGACUGAACCAGUCCUGUUCACUCAACGCUGUGCGGUCAGGGUCCGAGGACGGUGGCGUGGGAGGGACUCCUGGGCGCAGAGUGGAGAGUGCAGUGGGUCGGCUCUUCCCACAGGCCUCUACCUGCAGCUGGGCAGGGCACUCCUCCAGGUGGUGCCAGGGGUCUCUGAGUGGUGGGCAUAUCUGGCUGUGAGGAACGAAUGGAUCAGGAGAGAGACUCAGCAGACCCAGAGGUCCCCAGAGCAGCCCCAGCCAGACAGGGGGUGAGGGCAGAGGGGUGGAGGCUCCCCAGGUCCCAGGUCAGCUUGUUGAACCGAGUAGGCUGCAGCCCUGGCCCCACUGACCUCGGCAGCCAACAAGGGCCAGCAACUCCUGGGCGGCCGUGGUGAGAGACCUGAGACGUAGGCAGGGUGUGGCAGACGAGGCCACAGGGACUCAUGGGCACACAGGGGUCCCAGGAUCUGUGCCUGGGACACGAGGAGGUGGGGACAGCAGAGGGGACCAUGUUCAAGCAGGCUGGGUCAGGUGCUCAGAGGAGGAGGGGAAGAGGCCCUGCCUCCUUGCAGCUCCCUCUGGGGUCCUCCGCCCCCCCACCCCCACCAGGCAGCAGUGCAGCAGGGGAUGAGGGCGAGUCCUGUCUGGCGAGGUGGCAGAGCGGGGGGCAGGGCGGGCAGUUUCUCCACCUCGCCUUCCUCCAUGGCCAGGACCCCAGGAAGACCCCUCUUUAAAGAAGCCUGACUGUUCUGCCCUGAUUCUUCUCCAUCUGAGGACUUCACUUGCUGCUUUCCGAAACCCCUGGAAUCUGAAACUUUCAAGCCAGGGCGGGGCAGCCCCUAAGCUGCCCCAGCGCGCCCCUGGAAUGCAUCGGGCCACCAGGAAACUUGUCUGUCCCCCAGGAAGGACGUGUGUGCAGCCCCGGCCUCCCCCCCCUCUCUGCUUGGUGACGCUCCCCACACCCUCCCAUGUGGUCUCUGUUGCUCUUGUCUGAUCUCUUGUCAAAUUGUUAUUUUGUAAUGAGCUGCGUCUCCUUAUUAAAGAAAUGAGCU